ACAUUAGAUUAUUGGUAACUUGAGAGAGUUUGAACUUCGAAUUUGGUAACUUGAGAGAGCGAUAAUAAUGAAAAUAGUGAUUUUGCUCAGAGCUGUUGUGAAAUUGCAAAAGAGAGUUGAAAAAAAAAAAAAUACAUUUAUUUAUUUAACUUUGUGAAAUUGCAAAUUUUAAGGAAUUGUAUUAUAUAUUAAAAAAAGCAAAAAAAAAGCAAAAAGCAAGGAACGGAAAGAUUUAAAGCCAAUGGAGAGAACGAAACUGAAAAAUAAAAAAAACUAAAACAAAUGAUAAUUAUGGAUAAAGUACAUCGUCCUCAACGUAAUCGCCGCCAUAGACGUACCUGGCCACCUGGUGAAGGUUUGAGUUAUCCCCGGCCGCCGAAACGUUUAUUUACACCGGAAAUCAAGCGUAUGCUUAAAGAAUGGCUGGUACGAAGACGCGAAAAUCCCUAUCCUAGCCGCGAAGAGAAGAAACGUUUAGCUAUUGAAACGGGUCUGACCUAUACACAAAUUUGUAAUUGGUUCGCGAAUUGGAGACGGAAGUUAAAAAAUUCCGAAAGGGAAAAAUCUAAAAAAUCUUGGGGCCAUUUAAUUAAAAACUACAACAGCAAUGCCAAAGGUAACGUCGAACAAUUUAGUAUAUCGUCGGAAGAUAGCAUAUGGAGAGAGGAAGAACAAUAUCGUUUAAGCCGAAGUGAGGAUGACGACAAUGAUUUUGUCGUACAAUACGCAAGAAAAAAGGCAAAAUAUGCGAAACUAAAUACGCAAGAGUUUCCGGGUGAAAAAGCCGAAUCCAAAUUCAAUUACUAUCAGGCAAACUUACAAUUACCAAACAAUCAUCCACUAUUCGUGGGUGGAAUAUUGGAAAACAAUUCAUCACUGUUGUGGCAAGAGAAGGAAUGCAAAAACACAAAGUACAAACAGAAAAUAAUGGAAAAAUACUUAAGAGACACGAAAGGUGAAACCCAACAACUUAUCAAACAAACCGCAAUGGUUAGCAAAAACUUGAGCACUAAUAAUGGCAACUUAAAAACCCUUCAAUCGGAAGCGGAGCUUUCAAAAUGGUUAGAAAGUGCUGCCAAUUUCACGCCAAAUAAGAAUAACUAUUUCAUAGAGUGGAAUAACAAGAGACAUAAACUUGCAAAGAAUUUAAGAUUGAAUUCUAAACCGUUAGUACAACAACAACAACAACAACAACAAGAACAUCAAGCAGAUAAUGCUUUAGAUCUCUAUAAUACUGCACAUCACAAAGAUGAAUUGGACGCGGCCGAAGCGUUAGCAAAUUUAGCUUUUAAUUGUCGUCAAAAAAUAUUGGAUUCUAGUUCAAAUGGUUCGUCUUCAUUUAAUCGAACCUUAAAUGCAAUCAGUUCCUAGCGAAGAGCAUUUACUUUUCUCAAACUCAAAAAAAAAAAAAUAAUAAUAAUAAUAUCAAAAUCACUAAAUACUUUUCUUUUCGAAGUGUAUACAAGACAUCUGAGCCAUUCCAACGCGUGUGGUAAACUGCGAAAC